CUUUGAACGCCUGGCGUGGAGAAAUCGGGCAGCUGCGUGUGUUUUAAGGAGGACAAGGGGGACUCGAGGGGGCUUUGUUCAUUCAAGGGAUUGGAAGUGAUGCGUUUUAAUUAUUCUCUGAUGUGCGGGGGAAAGGAGCUUUAAAAAACAAGCGUUCUGAUUAAAAUUCAGCCUCUCAAAGGGGACAGAUGAAAGUGGCUACCAGAAUGACAACUACCUUGCUUUGUAAUGUGGUAUUUCUGCUGGCAUUUGGAUUGGCUUCAGCUUUUAGCCACAGCCCUAGGACCCCUGACAGGGUUUCUGAAGCAGACAUUCAGAGGCUCCUCCAUGGCGUUAUGGAGCAAUUGGGCAUUGCCAGACCCCGGGUAGAAUAUCCAGCGCACCAGGCUAUGAAUCUGGUUGGUCCACAGAGCAUUGAAGGUGGUGCACAUGAGGGUCUCCAGCACUUGGGUCCUUAUGGUAAUAUCCCAAACAUUGUGGCUGAGCUGACAGGAGACAACGUACCAAAGGAUUUCAGUGAAGAUCAAGGAUAUCCUGACCCUCCAAAUCCCUGCCCUAUUGGAAAAACAGUUGAUGAUGGGUGUCUAGAAAACACCCCAGACACAGCAGAGUUCAGCAGGGAAUACCAGCUGCACCAACACCUUUUUGAUCCAGAGCAUGACUAUCCCAACAUGGGCAAGUGGAGCAAGAAUUUACUCUUUGAGAAGAUUAAUGGUGGUCCAAAAAGAAGAAAGAGGAGUGUGAACCCAUAUCUGCAAGGACAGCGACUGGAUAAUGUUGUAGCAAAGAAGUCUGUUCCACAUUUUUCAGAUGAAGACAAGGGUCCUGAAUAAGUACAAUAAAAAUGAAUGAUGAAAACUCAUGCCAUCCUCUGCUAGAUCUUAAUAUUGCUUAUAUAUAAUCAUCUAUUAAAAUCCUUGUGAAUGGCAGCAUGUUUAUUAUUUAUAUAAUUGUAGAUGAAAAACAGCUGUAUUUAUAACAGUAUGUUCUCCUAGAUAACAAAAAUAUGGUUCUGCUUUUUGUUAAGUUAUGGUAAAAGGACAUUUCUGUUGUUUUUAUUUUAGUCAUGGAGCAAACUUUAAAAAUGUUAGUCAUUUUAAUAGCUAAUGCGAGGUAAAUGGUCUUAAUGAGCAGCUUGUAAAUAGGAAGAUGUAAAAAGAAAUGCCCAGUCUGACUCCAAUAUUUAAUCUUAAAUGUUACUAUGUUUGACACAUGAAAAUUAUAGUUUUAUGUUUUGUUCACAAAUAUUGUUACUUAGCAAGGACAAAGUAUUUAUUUUACCCAGAGAAUUUUGGCUUUUGGUCCAUUUUAAUAAACAUUUAAGCAAUCUACAAGGUUUGCAAAGUGACAUUUUCCAAAAUAUUUCAGAGGCUUAUUUGUCUCGGCUAUUGCUGUGCAAAUUUAAAAAUUAAAGAACUGCUUUUUCACUCUAUCCACUGGAAUAUUUUUCUGUUGGUUUUAGUCAUUCCAUGUCCACAACUUUCCUGAACACUUGCACAUCUUUCUUCCUUAUCAAUGGUACCGUUGUGUGGAAAUUCAUCUCCCCUGCUGUUCCUUGUCUUGGUAACAGCAGCAUUUGUGCAUUAUAAUGUGCUUAAAUUAUGCGUCCCUGGGAUAUUAUAAGUGAAGAUGGGAGACAAUUUGUCUGUGUUAAUAAGGUUGUGUCAGCAUCCUCUGAAUCUAAAUCCAGGAUAUGAAGGCCACUACAGCUGAUGAUCUUCUGAAAAACUAUGAUGCUCUAAUAACACUGGUACCUAUCGCUGCUCUUGAAGUUGCUCCAGGAAGCUUAAAUUGCCUUUUUUGCCCCUAGGAGAUUGAAGAACUUUAUAUUCCAGAAAACUGAGCUCUCCCUUUCUGAUAGAUGAGAAUAUAAAAUUACCUAAAAUUUUAUUAUUUUCAGGGUGCUUCUGAAAUAUUUCAAGCCAUGUGCAUGGGGCAUUGGAAUUAUGGAAAACAGCAUUAGCUUACAGUUUUGAACUUCAAAUCUAUGGAAAAAAAAUGUAGUUUCCUUCCCCAUCCUACCGAAAGAUGCAGUAAAAUAAUGAUGAUCCCUUAGAAAAAAAAGGCAAGAAACUAGCAGAAACUAAAGGUCCUAGCUACAGAAGAUUAACAGGAUGGCACAAAUAUGACUGUGUAUGGCAUUUGCUUUUUCUAUCCCAGCACUUUGUAAUAAAUUAUGUAUGCAGAGAGUCAGUCCUCUCACGUCAUUUAUGGGUAGAUUGCAAAACUCCGUAACAUUCUAGGCUGAGCUAUCAUGUCUUUCAUCAUAUUUCCCCUUUAAGAAAAUACUGGAAUAGAAAACUAAGUAGUUAGUGCAGUGGGGUUUAUACUCACCUGUGUCACAAAAUUGAGGAGUUUGUGUGAGUCGCAGAGCUCCUUCCACUUCCAGUGCCUGGAAUGGGAGUAAUCCAGCUGUUCACAUGAGAGAAAUUGUAUUCUCUGCUUCUUAAGCUUACUUUUUUUACCUGCACUCCUGCUUAGUCUUCACAUAGGUACUGAGAGUUGCAAAGGUUGUCUCCAAAACAGAAAAAACUAGGUAUCAUGGCAUGAAUCUGGAAUCAGAACCCACCGAUGCCGAGUGGCCCCCAGUACAUGAAAUGGUCAUUCCUCCCACCUAAUCCCACAGUCAGCCACUGGUGCUGCUGUAAGGCUUCCAGUUGGUCAGAGGCUAGAUUUCCGUUCCUAAGAAACUGGUGUUUCUUCAGGUACUCAACUAUCUUAUCAAUACUUUUAAAGUAGUCUGAGCUAUGUUCUGUCCCUAUUAGCUCCAGUAAGACCCAUUUUAAUCACAAAAAUGAAGCAACCACGAAGGCAAUUUAUUUCAUUUUUAAACUCUUAGUAAGGACCAGCAUGUAACAAAAGGUGGUGUGUACAGUAAAUGGGGGGCUUAAAAAGGGAGGGGCAAAGAAGAAUUGUUUGCUUAAUAGUAUCAGAAAUCUUGAAGCGCUUCAGCUCACUAUACCCGCUGCGUGGGGAUGUGAUAAUCCGGCACUGCAAACCGAGCAGGACAGGGAUCCGCGGUGGCUGCCUGCGGCCCAGGUGGGGCCCAAGGAGCUGCCCUGCUGUCUGUGAUAGAUCUGCACAGAGCAGGCGAAGGAAAAAUUACACAAUUUAGAGAUGUUUUUGUCUUUAAAUGCAAGCAAUAAAACCCCUUUACACUGCACAAUACAAUGAUGCGUCUUACAGGAACUGUCUGUUGGAAGAAAUCAAACGUGGUGGUAAGCAGCCAUCUGCUGAGUCCAUCAGGCAGCUUGAGUGUUUCACCAGGAAGACUCAACAGCACUAUUGUGAAAUUUUAAUAAAAUAUAGCUAUUACACCAUGAUAAUGAGAUUAAUUACUCCAAUUUCAGUUUCAUAGCAGAGCUGCUUUUCUGUACUGGGAUUGGUAGUCCCAUAUUAAUUAAAAAAAAAAAAGGGGGGCAAAAAAACACAAAAAAAGUCCCUCCUACUGCUCCAACAACAGUCCAAACAUGUAUAUGUAGUUUUUUAUAAAGAAUCACCACGGUGCUGGUCUUUCUUUCGGAAUCAAUGAACAAAGAUACCAACUAUCCCUCUCACCAAGAACUUACUCCAUCAAACCACUGUUUACAAGAAUGUAAACAGCUGCUCAGCUCUUACAGGUGAAAUCAUCCUUUUACGUUUAUGAUGCACGUGAAUUAAGGAGCAUGUAUAUUGCUAUUGCUGUUCAGAAUUUUCAUUAAAUUAAAAACUUUUUAGAUUAUUUUAAAAUCUGCAAGUGUGUUAAUGACCUCUAAUGUAUUUGAGAUACAAUGUUCUUGAAAGAAGCUAUACAAAAUAAAGUGUAUUGCCAUGCAA